AAUAUCAUACAAAACUAUGAAUGAAUAAUGAAAAAACCGAUCACAACUAUUGUUAUCUUGGGAUUAUGGAUACAUGUUCUCUUGCUUAUCACUAUAUUCGAUACGUAUUUCAAGAGCCCCCUUGAACAUGGAAUGAUACCGGUACAGUCCACCAAGACACCUACUUCGAAAAGAGUGGUCCUAUUUGUCGCAGAUGGUCUCAGAGCCCAAGCAAUACUAGGUGAAAACGAAGACAGGGCGCCAUUUCUGACUUCAAUUAGAAAACACAAAAGUUCUUGGGGGAUUUCCCAUACCAGAGUACCUACAGAAUCCCGUCCUGGCCAUGUUGCUAUGCUUGCAGGAAUAUUUGAGGAUCCCAGCGCUAUUUUCAAAGGAUGGAAACAUAAUCCUGUAGAUUUUGAUUCAGUUAUAAACCAGUCGAGCAAUGCUUGGUGCAUAGGUAGUCCAGAUAUUGUACCAAUAUUCAAUAAAGAUGGAAGGAAACACAUACAUAUCCAUGCUUAUGAUGCUGAAAUGCAGGAUUUUGGUAACAAAGAUACCACGUUGUUAGAUAAAUGGGUGUUCGAUACAACCAAGUGGAUUUUGAAUGAGAAUAUGAAUAACGAGGUAUUGAACCAAUCAGGAAAUGUGUUUUUCCUUCAUUUACUAGGAUUAGAUACAGCAGGACAUGCCUUCAAGCCUCAUUCUAAAGAAUAUAUUGAUAACAUCAAAUUUGUGGAUAAUAACAUGAAUGACAUGACGAAAUUAUUCAACAAAGUGUUCCCAGAUGGUUUAACUUCAUUUGUUUUCACUGCAGAUCAUGGUAUGACUAAUUGGGGUUCCCACGGAUCUGGACUUGACCAUGAAACAUUCACACCUAUCAUCGUUUGGGGAUCUGGUAUUGAAAACAGCAUGAUACGAAAAGAUAUGAAACAAAUUGAUAUAGCUCCUUUAAUUUCUUCCUUAAUUGGUAUAAAUUACCCCACAAAUAAUCUCGGUAAGCUUCCUGUUGAUUAUUUGAAUGUACCCAAAUCAAAAAAAUUGCAAAACUUUUUGACUAAUAUACAGCAAGUGUUUAAAAUAUUCAUUGCCAAACAGCAAAAGAUAGAAAAGAGUACAUUUUUUUAUAAACCAUACAAGUAUAUGACGGUGGAUAAUUUUGAUAAAAAUUUCACUGAACUUUGGUUCAGUAAUGAAACUUACGAUGUGGUUAUGAAAAAAUGUGAUAUAUUGUUCGAUGAAAUACUGAAAGCUAUCGAAUACUGCCAUAAUUAUUUCAUGAAUUACAUCUUGUUAUCAGUGUCUCUAGGUUUAAUUUUGUGGCUUUUAUAUCUGUCUAGUUUUUUGUUUGUUGAAGAAAAUAUUGGGUUUUCAUCAAGCAAAAAUGAACUUUUGAAGAUUGUUGUGAUUACUUAUGGUAUUUUUGUUUUUCUUAUGUGUUUCUUACAGUCAUUUUCGUUUCUUUACUAUAUUUAUUUCCUUUUUCCUGGAUUUAUGUUUUAUAUUGUUUCAGAUAAGUUUAUUUUACUCUAUCAAAAUUUCCCUGUGAAUCUUGAUCGUUGGAAAUGUUUUUAUCUGGUUUUCUACCUUUCAUCCAUCAUUCUUUUCAUUUACGGUUUCCAGUACCGUAGUUGUUUUUCGUUUAUGAUGGUUUUGAUAUCAGUUUCUAUCUUCCUAAGAAAAGAUGAUGAGUUUCAAAUUGAGACAUCGUUGAAGGUUUCUUGGGUAGUUGUUUGUUUGGUUUUGGCUAUUUUUCCCCUGCUUCCAUUGAUGUUCACGAAAUUUCAAACGGUUUAUUUUGUAGUAGGUUACAUUUCUUGGUUGUUUUUUUCACUUCAUAUAACUUCGAGAAAUUUGUCGGAUUAUAAGUUGAACACUUCCAAAUGUAAGGUACAGAAGGCAUUGUUUUGCGUACAAAAUGUUUGUUUUCACCUUUCCUUCAUAAAUUCCCUUGUUAUUUCUUUCGAAUUGCUGGAGAAUAGUACCUUCCUCAAAUAUGUAUCGUGGGUAUUAUUUUUUAUACCUUUGGUUUGUAUUCCAUUUUCCGUGAAAAUUUUGGAACUGAGAAUUUUUACCAUAUUCUUAGCGUUCUCUCCUUUCUACUUAAUGACAACUAUGUCUUACGAGCUCAUCUUCUUAACUCUAUACUGUGUUCUUUUGACCUUAUGGGUGAAAAUUGAGAAAAGUACUAGGGUGGUUUGUUACAGGGAGUUUGAGAAUUUUAGGAAAUGUUUAAUUUUCGUUUCGACUAUCCUCUUAGGGUUUUUCGGUACUGGGAAUAUUGCUAGUCUGAAUUCGUUUGAUCCCAUGUGGGUGAGAUGUUUUUUAACGGUCUUCAGUCCCUUCACCAUGACGACUUUGAUAAUGGUAAAAUUGUUAAUACCCUUCUUAUUCUCCGCCUGUGUUUUCAGAGAUAUUGUACUUAGGACAAGGAUGAAUCUGACCAGUUCUUUUUGUGUUAUCUUGCUCAUUUCAGACGUGAUGGUAUUUUAUUUUAUGUACCAUAUUAAAAAUGUUGGGUCGUGGCUCGAGAUAGGCACCAGUUUGUCCCACUUUAUCGUUGUCGAGUGUUUUACCAUUGGUAUUUUGGUCUUAUAUUUCGUAGCCUACCUGUUUACCAACAUGGCAUUCAACUUGAAUAUGCUCUCUGUUUUUCGUUCAGUGAAAAAUCAUUGAGUGAACUUUAAUCGUUAAGUAUUUUUUUUAAUUGUUGAUAAAGCGUCUCGAAUAAUUAAAUUAUCAGUUAUAUUUGUUGAUUUUUCCAAAGAAAUAAAGAGUUGAUUCUAA